CGGGCGCGGGCUCGCGGCGCGCGGCGUCUGAACUGGACCUGACAGCCAUGGGGGUCGACACGGCGGCUCCGCAGCGCACCUUGCAGCUGGAGGGCGCGGGCGGCGAGGGGCGGGGGCCGGCGAACAACAAUGCGGAGGGCGCCGCCGCCAGCCCGCCGCGCGACGACAACGACAACGCGCAGCUGCCCUCGCCCAGGGGCACGCAGCUCACGCCCUCAGAGGCACUGAAGCUGUACGGCACGCGGCUGUCGGAGUGGGAGCGCGCGGAGAUCCGCAAGUACCCCGAGCUGUGGUACCUGGGGCUGGAGGCCAACAAGGUGCAAGCGCGCACUGACCUGCCCAAUAACUGCGGUUUCGACGAUGAGAACGGCAGCUACACCAAACAAAUCCACGACCACAUAGCGUACAGGUACGAGAUACUAGAGGUGAUAGGGAAGGGCUCAUUUGGCCAGGUCAUAAGGGCGAUGGACCACAGGACGGGCAACCAGGUGGCCAUCAAGAUCAUCAGGAACAAGAAGCGGUUCCACCACCAGGCGCUGGUGGAGGUGCGGGUGCUGGACCACCUGCGGCUCAAAGACCGGGAGCAGACGCACAACGUCAUACACAUGCUCGACUACUUCUACUUCAGGAAUCAUUUGUGCAUCAGCUUCGAGCUGAUGAGCAUAAACCUGUACGAAUUGAUAAAGAAGAACAACUACCAGGGGUUCAGCCUGUCCCUCAUCCGGCGGUUCGCCAGCUCGCUGCUGCGCUGUCUGCGGCUGCUUGAGGCUGAGAACAUCAUACACUGCGACUUGAAACCUGAGAACAUCCUGCUGAAGGCGCGAGGCAGUUCCUCCAUCAAGGUGAUUGACUUCGGCAGCUCGUGCUACACGCACGCGCGCGUCUAUACCUACAUCCAGUCGCGCUUCUACCGCAGCCCUGAGGUCAUCCUCGGCCUGCCCUACGGCACGCCCAUCGACAUGUGGAGUAUGGGCUGCAUCCUGGCGGAGCUGCACACGGGGUACCCGCUGUUCCCGGGGGAGAACGAGGCGGAGCAGCUGUCCUGCAUCAUGGAGCUGCUGGGCCCGCCGCCGCCCGACCUGCUGCUGCACGCCACUAGGAAGAGGCUGUUCUUCGACUCAAAGGGCUCCCCGCGCGUGGUGACGAACUCGAAGGGUCGCAAGCGGCGGCCGGGGUCGCGGACGCUGUCCACGGCGGUGCGCAGCGACGACCCCGCCUUCCUGCACUUCCUGCAUCGCUGUCUAGAAUGGGACCCGAAGCGACGCAUCACGCCGACGGAGGCGACGCGGCACGAGUUCGUGACGGGCAUGGCGCUGUCGGCGGCGCCCGCGCAGCCCCGCGCGCCGCCCCGUGCCCGCGCCCUGCUGCACUCCCAGUCCGCGGGCGACGUCGCCGCCAUGCUGGGCCGCGCGUGACACGACCCCUGAGCCCGCCUCGGCUCCUCACCCCUAUAGUAGACAACUGUAGAACCUUUUUUUUUUAAUGAACCCGCUUUUACGGAUUUCAGCAGGGUAUCUUCCGACUAGUUCACCCGAUGGUGCAGGUAAAUGCUUGCUGGGAGAACGGAAGAAUAAGAUCCGUAAAAGUUAAUUUGUUUGUCGAAUUUCUUGUAGUAAGGUGAGCGCAGCUGGACGCACCAAACGCGCUGGAGUUGCCGCAUAUUAUUUCGUAUUCAACGCAGCUAAUAAGUGCGGCUAGAUCUGCGGUCAUCUUAAUUCUUAGGGCACAGAGGAUGACACUUUUUUAGUCUUCGCUUAUAUUAUUCUCUGUGUUGCGCUAUUCCUGAUAUUAUACAAUUCAGAUUUGUGAUGAAAUAUUGACGACAUCCAUAGGUGGCGUCCACAUCCAGUGCCGUACUUGUAAUCUGGGAAUAGUGUCGUUCUUCUAGUAUCUAUAUCUCGAGGCACUAAUAUUGUCUUACAUUAGAACUCGCCGUCAAGGUAGAUCAUCUAGAAAUUUCUACUUUUACCUCACCUCGGGUAUUCGUAUUCCGAAUGUCUCCGCUUUAUAAGCCAACUCGAAUUUAUUAACUUUCUCGCGAGUAAACUUGACUCUAUUGUAUCUGAUUUCUAUCUGGCCAUUUGGAAUCCUGGCAGAUUACGCAAUGACUAACCAGCUCGGAAAUGCGUCGACCUAAAUGCACGCAGUUGUAGGUGCCAUUCCACCGUUUAAAAUCAAAACCAAUGUUUCGCAAAGCUCUAAAGUUUCGAGCUUUGCGAAACAUUGGUUAAACUAUAUUAAUGUUGCAAAUGCAACGAUUAUGUUUUACUACAUACAAAAAGUACUUAAGAGUACGACUAACCCAAAAAAUCAAACAUCGUCCUUCUCUCUUCACACUCACGCCCAUCUUUCAUAGGCCAGGUGAAAAAGGCUCGAUUUAAAUGGGCCCGCGCGAUCGUGCUGUUUGGCUACAGCAUACAUCACAAGCCGCUAUUUAAAUAAAUCGUUACAUUUAA